GCUGCGGUGCAGUGCGUAGAAUUAUUUCGUAAACAAACUUUUGCAAAAUAAAAUCUUAUCAACCUCCGUCGUUGCUGUAUUAUAGAAAAUGUCUUUAAUUAAUGUAGUUCUAAGAUCCACCCUUCAACCGGCGAUGCGCUCCGCCUUGGUCCGAUCAUUGCACACCGGAAGCACCCACUGUUUCCACUACACACCAGUACUGUGCGCAGAACCACUGAAGAAAAAGAAAAAAAUCGAUCCGCAGGUUCUGAAACAGCGCGAGGAACGUAAACGAAAGCGGCUGGAAAAAAUGAUCCGCCGGCUGGAGAAAAACGCCCGCCAGCUGAAACCGGUCGAGGAGCUGGAAGUGCCGAUCGAACUGCUCGACGAACAGGACAAGCGAAAACGAACGGGCGGCCUGCAGGUCAGCGAGCAGGAACGCGAAAGCCGGAUACUGUUGGAAAAGCAAUGGGCCAAGUACAAGAUGGAGGAAAAGCUAGCCUACUAUCAGCUGAUCGACCGAGUGCUGGCGGCACAAACCAAGGCACUAAACGAGCUGCGGCUGGAAUCGGAAGCGCUCUACCAGCAGGCAAUACAACCGGAUCUGCAGCAAGACGGCGCCGGGGGUGGUUUGCUGCCAUUGAAAACGGAAGGACCCGUCUCGACGCCCCCCGUCGCUGGUUACGAAAUGCCCGACGGGGAGUAUAUUGAUGUGUCGAAAAAGUGGGAGUGAGUUUCGGGGGGUGCAAAAAGGUGGUUAGUUUUCAAUAAACAGAAG